UUAUAAUGUUAAUGUACCAGUUAAUGCAGUGUUAGGAAAACAGUCGUAUUGUGUUGGUUGAAAUAUUUGCGUCCCUUGUCGGGAAAAAUAAGUAAAUCCGCCAAAAACAUCAUUAUUAUUGCUUUUGAUUUUAUUGUUUAUAGCGAAUAACUGGUGAUACAGAUAAUACCGAAAAUGAGUACUAACAGCGGCAACAUUACGAAUGGUGGUGUGGCCCCACCUCAAGAUAAACGUGAUCUAUUGGCCUUGUUGAAGCUUAUAAAGAAAUACAAUCUCAAACAAACUGAGGAGCUACUAUGCCGUGAAGCUAAUAUCACAAAUAAGGAAUUAGAAGAAGUUAAUGAUAUUGAAAUAAACUCUUUGCUUACAUCUGCUCUUGGCGAUGGACACGAUCAUCAUAAUGGUUUGGCAGCGAGUGGCGCAAGUGGGUCUAGCAACGAUCCAGAAAUAUAUGAAGCGGCUUAUGCAGAUCUACGCAACUUUGUAGAGGAGUCCUUGGACAUUUACAAACAUGAGUUAUCUAUGGUUCUGUAUCCAAUAGUCGUGCAAAUAUAUUUUAAACUUGUACAAGGAGGUUUUUCGGAACAAGCACGAAAAUUUGUGGAAAAGUAUGGUCCAGACUUGGAUCAUUACUUUCGUGAUGACUUACAAAACUUGCUUAUGAUAACAAAAAGAUCCGACCUGGAAAAUAACGACACUGUUACAGCUAUGGAAUUAGACAAAUUCGUCAUACGCAUGUCGCGUGAUUCCCAUUCCUUAUUUAAGCGACACAUACAAGAUCGUAAACAAGAAGUAAUAGCAGAUAUAGUUGCAAAAUAUUUACAUUUUGACACAUAUGAAGGAACAGCUCGUAGUAAAGCUCAAUGUGAUGUGAGUACGGGAUCUAUAACUGGCGAAGCAAAGCGACAAGAUAAUAAAAUCCGUGUAUAUUACGGACUGCUGAAAGAAGUCGAUUAUCAAACAUUAACCACACCUGCACCUGCUCUGGUUGAGGAGGAAGAUGAUAACGAUCCCGAUGCACCAGACAAGCCUAAGAAAAAGAAACCAAAAAAAGAUCCACUUUUUUCGAAAAAGUCUAAAUCAGAUCCCAAUGCACCGGCAAGCGAUCGUAUACCACUGCCAGAGAUGAAGGAUGCAGAUAAAAUGGAAAAAGUGAAAGCAUUGCGCGAGUCUUCUAAGCGAGUACCGUUGAAUAAAGAUUCAUUACCAUCGGUGUGCUUCUAUACUAUACUAAAUGCACAUAAUACAGUAACUUGCGCUGAAAUUUCAGAAGAUUCAACCAUGAUGGCUGUUGGAUUUACAGAUUCUAGCAUUAAAGUGUGGUCACUCACUCCAGCAAAGCUUCGUGAGAUGAAAAGUGCUGAAUUACUCAAAGACAUCGACAAAGACGCGGAGGACAUUAAUACUCGUAUGAUGGAUGACCGCACAGGCGAGUCAUCACGCACGUUUUAUGGACACAGCGGACCGAUUUAUCGUUGUGCCUUUGCACCUGAAAAAAAUUUAUUACUUUCCUGCUCUGAAGAUACAACUAUACGGUUAUGGUCAUUCCACACAUGGACGUGUAUAGUAGUAUACAAAGGACACCUCUUUCCGGUAUGGGAUGUUCGUUUUUCGCCUCAUGGUUACUAUUUCGCCUCGUGUUCGUAUGAUAAAACUGCACGUCUUUGGACAACAGAUUCAAAUCAGCCGUUAAGGAUAUUUUGUGGCCAUUUAUCUGACGUGGAUUGUGUUCAAUUUCAUCCGAAUUCCAAUUACAUAGCCAGUGGUUCCAGCGAUCGAACGGUGAGAUUAUGGGAUGUGCUAAACGGCCAACUAGUCCGACAAAUGUGCGGUCAUAAAGGACCCAUUUAUGCUUUAGCAUUCUCCACUUGUGGGCGAUAUUUGGCGUCUGGCUCCUCCGAUCAUUCUGUGCUUAUUUGGGACUUAUCACACGGUCAACUUGUAUCUUCGUUAUUGCGACAUACAGGUUCAAUACAUACGAUGUCUUUCAGUCGUGACGGAAAUAUCCUCGCUGUAGGUGGACUAGAUUGUAUGUUGACUUUGUGGGACUUCUCAAAGCUAACUGAAGAAUAUUUGUCACAGAGUGGAGGGUCCUCUCACAAUCCUGAUCUUAACGAUAGUGAGACAUAUUUGCUACGUUCUUAUCCAACGAAAUCCACACCAUUCUUAGCAUUACAUUUUACGCGUCGUAAUUUAUUAUUAGCCGUUGGUAUGUUCAAGUCUUCAUAAAAAGUAUCAUAAAUGAAGUUCAAGUUCUUAUUAACUUAGUUUAAGUCAUCGGGAACAAUAAAUAUAAUUUAGUAUUAAACAUACAUUUUAAUAUGGAAUAAAUUCAUUUCUAAGCUAUACUUAAAUUCAUUAA